AUAUGUGCCAAUAUUUCAAUAAUAAUAACUUGUACUCAACCAUCACCUCUCUUUCUAUAUAUAUAUAUGUAUAUAUAUAUAUAUAGAUACAUAUAGGCUUGUGCAAACAUUUCUUUUCAACUCAACAAAAUGGGAAAAUUGGUAUUUUUGGUGGUGUUAAUUUUUAUUUCAUUCCUUCUAGUCCUGCCUUGUGCUCAAGGAUGGAGCAAAGAAGGUCAUAUCCUAACAUGUGAAAUUGCACAGGAGCUACUGAUUCCAGAGGCAGCAGAGGCAGUUCAAGAUCUGUUACCUGAAAGUGCCGGAGGAAAUCUAUCGGCGAUGUGCGUAUGGCCGGACCAAAUCCGACUCCAGUCUAAGUACCGCUGGGCCAGUCCCCUUCACUACGCCAACACCCCCGACUCUUGUUCUUUCGUCUACAAAAGGGAUUGUCAUAAUGACGCCGGACAGCCGGACAUGUGCGUCGCCGGUGCCAUUCGAAAUUUCACCACUCAGCUCACAACCUACCGAACACAAGGCUUCGACAGUCCUCAUAACUUGACCGAGGCCUUGCUCUUUCUAUCGCAUUUCGUUGGGGAUAUUCAUCAGCCAUUGCAUGUGGGGUUCGAGAGUGAUGCGGGAGGAAACACCAUAGAAGUACGAUGGUUCCGUCGUAAAUCAAACCUCCAUCACGUGUGGGAUAGAGACAUUAUUCUUGAAGCUCUAGGAGAUUAUUACGACAAAGACGGUGGCCUUCUCUUAGAUGAACUUAACCGGAAUUUAACUCAGGGAAUUUGGAGCAAUGACGUUUCGGAAUGGGAGCGUUGUUCUACUGUUAAUUCAUGUGUUAAUAGGUGGGCUGAUGAGAGUACAGGGUUGGCUUGCAAGUGGGCAUAUGAAGGAGUUGAAGCUGGUAUUACUUUAUCAGAGGAAUACUACGAUUCAAGGUUGCCAAUUGUGAUGGAACGAUUAGCUCAAGGUGGGGUCCGGUUGGCAAUGCUCUUGAACCGGGUUUUUGCUGAAGAUGCUACACGAGGAUUUGCCUAUUCAUCUUGA